CGGGCCGCUGGAGCCGCAGCCGAGCAGCCAGCCCCUUGGAAAGAGCUUGCCGCCGCCGCCCCCGGAGCCGCCACGGCCAGCUGGGCGGCGCUGCCCCGCGGCGGGAGAGGGAGGCCGCGGGAGAGGGCAGGCGGCGGCCCGCCAGCCUGCAGCGCGGCUUGGGGCGCACCGCCUCGCCUCCCGGGAGCCACGCGAGCUCCGCGCCCGCCCGCACGAGCCCCGGCUCGCGCCUCCCUCGGCCUCCGGGCUCCCGGCCUCUCCGCCCCCACCCCCGCCCCCCGCCAGGGCCGCGCCGCGGCGGCCGAGGAGCAGCAUGAAUCUGCGGCUCUGCGUGCAGGCGCUCCUGCUGCUCUGGCUCUCCCUGAGCUCGGUGUGUGGAGGUCCCCUGCUGCAGACUUCUGACGGGAAAGGAAUGGAGGAAGCCAACAUCCGCCACCUGGUGCAGCCCAGAGGGCCAAGGAGCGGAGCAGGGCCCUGGCAGGGAGGUCGGAGGAAGUUCCGCCGCCAGCGGCCGCGCCUCUCCCAUAAAGGCCCCAUGCCUUUCUGAAGCAGGACUGAAAGGACCCCACAUGCCCACCCUCUGCGAUUCUCUCUGCUCCGUAGAUCCGUAGAUCCAUCUGCUUCUCUGGAGCCCUCACAUCUGCCACUUGGCUGGCACACGUCUUAGCAGCUGAUGGUCCCGGCUCUCCUUCCCCACCAGCCUCCCUGAAGGGGGUGUCCUGCCCCUAGUUCCGACGAUUCCCCUUCUCAAGCUCAAGGAUCCCUUCAGCCCCUCUUCCUGACUUGGGAGACCUUGCACUGGAAGGCUGUCCUUCUCCCCGGCCCUCCCCCUGCUCUAGUCCCUACCGCUUCCAGCGAACACCCUAACACGGAACCCUCCUCUCAGCCCUUCCUUCCUCAGGUCUGCCAUGGGGGCUGGGUGGAACCUCCUUCCUUCAACAGGCUCCAGCAGACCCCUUCCCCUCACCUGCAGAGGGGAAUGGAGAGCCGAGCCAUGGGAGACUCCAGUGAGAGGGACUGGGGCGUUGGGAUGCUGACAGGGUGCCUUGGAGGCCAUUGCAAGGGGGCGUUGGUACUCCAGCAGCAAAGGGCAAGUGAAGCAUUGGAGGAGUGGAGGAAUAGCUACUGUGGCCUCUUCCUCAUCCUCGUGUUUGGCCCCAGUAAGGAAGAGGCAAGGAGCGGGGCCAUGGAGUACACUGUCACUUCUCUCACCUCUCUGUGUCCCCUAACAGUCCCUCCCACUCACUCCCAUUCCCCCACCCCCGCCCCAGCUAGUUCAAGCUCCAGCUCAGGAGGGGAGGGUACUGGGCCUGAGGUGGCUCUAUACCAUCCCAGGAGCAAAAGCCAAGCAGGACGAUUGUUUUUGCCAAGAAUCACAGCCAAUCAGAGCCAAAGGAACCUUGGAGAUCACUUAGCUCCACCUCCUUAUGCAAACUCCUGCAAACGAACUCAGGGGCCUGGAGAGGGAUGGUGACCCGCUCAGUGUCCCCACAGAGCCAGGAUGAGGGCCCAGGGCUCCGACUCCCACUUGGUGAUGUCCUCUUCCUUCUCAAUGAUGCCUUUUCCAAACUCAUUAAGUGCCUUUUCCUGGGGUUGGGACCGGGGAUGGCUACGAAGGGAGGGGCAAGCCGGCUUUGAACUGCCCCCUGGUGUUGCGGGGAUGGAGCUGCUCCCUCCUCCCUGGCCAGCCCCCACUGGUCCAUUUUCCAACCUGGCCUAGAAAGUUCCCUAACUGCCCAUGGCCCCCAUUCCUGAAACGCGGGCAGACCCUGGGUACUGCCACAGUGGCAGCUCAGGCACCGAGACUACCUUUGCAACCCCAACACUGGUUUCCAGGAGUCAGGUGGUGGCCUUAACCAGUUGGACUCAACAGCUUUCCCUUUGUGUUAACCAGACCUUCUCUCCCAGCGGCCUUUCCUUGGGGAGGGGGUGGGGGAAGAAGAAGGGAGGGAGAGAAGGGAAGGAGGAAGGAAAGAUGGGAGGAAGUGUAAGUUUGAGCAGACUUUCUUCUCAGAGGCCUCCUGGGAAGGAGAAAAGGGAAGACAAGAGCCUGAUGACCUAUGCAUGGGUGGGAUCAGGGGGACUCAGGGCCCCCCAAGUCCCACAACAACCCCAUUUGCCUACCUGCUGCACCCCCUUCCCUCCGCUGCUGCUAACGCUGCUGCUGCUGCUGCUGCUGCUGCUGCUUCAAAGCUCACCCUGGGGAGCCAGGCUGGGCGCCCGCCACCCCCCAGUACCCCACAGCCCAGAGUAGGGGCCAGCCAGUGCCCAAAAUGCCCCUUCUGCCCUGGAUGCCUCCACCGGGGACUGGGCCUUCUUCCCCCCCACCCCCAUCUCCUGCCGCUGAUACCAGAUGCCCAGCCCCACGGGGAGGGUGCGGGAGAGGGGGAGGGAUGGCUGGGCAAGUCUGGAGACACAGGGCGGAGUGGGGCAGAGGAGGUGCUGAGGGGCUGUCUUAUUUAAAGUGGUUGUUUAUGAUUCUUAUACUAAUUUAUACAAAGAUAUUAAGGCCCUUUCCAUUACAAAAUCGUCCCCUUCCCAUAACUGUGUUCACUGUGUUUGUAAAGAUUGUUCAGUGUAAAUAUGUCUUUAUAAUAAAGAGUGAAAGGCUGACAAUUCGCCUUUACUCUUGGAGGUCAGGCUCAGGAGGGGCGCUCCUUUCCCCUGACGUCCAUGGUCAUCUCCCCGCCCACGAACUUCACGUGCAGCGAGAAAAGUGCCUGCAUCUGAAAUCGGUUCCAGGUCAAAUGGCUUCAGACUAAUUUGCCACAAACUCACAAAAGGAAUCUCUAUGCUUAACGACAAGUUCACAAAAAUGCAGUCCACUUUUAGGUGUUUUGGCAUCUGUUUGAGUGUCCUGAUUUUUUUCUUUUGCACUGUCAUUUAAAGGAUUUUUAAAAAGCAAUUUAUUUAAGAAUAUUCUGACUAAAGAAGGGAUUUCUACUAAAAAUUGUUUUGUAUCCUUGGCGCGUGUCUUCUAUUUUUAUCUACUUUUGAACAGUCUUGGGACUUUUUAGCCAGUUUGCCUUUCUUGAGAAAUGUUAUGUUUCCUGCAAUAAAUACAUUUGGUCAUGACUUUGUAUGUAUCAUUUUCUAUUUCACAAAGU